AUGGCAGAAGACAGUCUCCAGGCAUUGCCGGCCGACCUCUUCCAUCUCCUCUCAACUGAGUUGUCCGACCGGCUCGACUUCCCGACACUCUACCAUGUCUCGAUAAGCAGUAAACAACUCGCUAGCUAUGGAGCGAUAUCUGCUUUAUACCGCAUCAGCCAUCAAGCACCUGUGAAAGGUGGCGGCGAGGGUCUCCCACUAGCAGAACAAGAGUUGACCGUGCAACGUUGGUCAAUACUCUGGCGUACGACCAUCCUGUCUGCGUUCGGCAAGACCAUAUACCCAUACUGCCGUCACUUGCGGUCACUCGAUCUCCGUGACCUGGCAGACCUACUCGACGACGACAAGUUCAGAGGCAAGGUUGCGAAACACUUCUUCACUGGUGAGCUCGCGAAAUUCCACUUCGUACAGCAGGCAUCGGGAAGGGGUCGCCAGAGCCGACUGGAAAUUAAGAGGAUUAUCACGGCAAUAGGCGACGAGAUCACCAAACAUGCGCCACAACUCGAGUCGCUUUCAGAACCCGCCAAUACGGACAUACUAUCGAGCGCACUGCUCGAAUGGGCACCACGCCUUACGAACCUGAUGUCGCUGGAUCUCUGGGACGGGAAGGCCCUCGCUAACGAAACAAUACGCAACUUAUUACACGCUCAUUGUCCCAACCUGAGCAGCUUGAGGGUCUACACCUCAGCCAACGAAGAUGCCGACCAUCAUAUGGCUGCGUUCAUCAGUGGAAUGCAAGACAACUCUCUGGUGUAUUUUGAGAACAUCAGUGGGUGUGGCAUCGGAGCUGAGACCUGCCUUGCACUGAACGGCCACGGCAAAAGCCUCCACUCGUUGAAGCUCCAUCUUGACAAUGAAGGAAUUCAAGGUUUGGCAUUGUUACAAGGCUGUACUGCCUUGGAAUUGCUCGCAGUCACAGCUUCUACCACCUCCACAGACCUGAAGAGCACGCAGCAUGACGUCUUUCUCGAGAUUGUGGCGUGGCUCAAGAAUUGUCACAUGUUGACAGACGUCAGCUUCAACAACGUGCUGUCUGCUCCGGAUCUACUCCUUCCAGUGUUGCUGAACCAGGACAUCAAGCUAGAGAGUCUCCAAAUCAAUGCCACGGAAGGUACGCAGUACGUUGUCAAGGAUCAUCAAGAUUUCCACCAAGCGCUCAGCCAACAGCCAAGUCUAAGGAGCCUUCUGCUUCGCGCAGAUCCUGAUCCCGCUGCGAGAGACGACAUCGAGACUUUAAUGAAUGCCUUCUGCUCUCUCAAGGGUCUCCGCGAAUUGCGUCUCACACGCAUCUCGGACUACUUCACGGACGAGCACAUCGCCUUACUUGCCCAGCAUCUGCACAACCUGGAAGAUUUGUACAUCGGCGGAUACGGCAUAUCCGAUGCUGUGUGGUCGGCUCUGGCAAAGCUGCCCAGCUUGAAGGCGGUAACCUUUAUCGGCAUCACAUCAUUUACUGAGACUGGAAUCCUGGAUUUCAUCAAUCAGCUUGACGAUACCCAUCACGGCUUCAGUGUGACUGUCGACAACGCGGACCCGGACAAUGCCAUCUCAACAGAGAGCCAAGAACUGAUCAGAGAGGUCAUUGCCAAGAAACUUGAUGAUAAUAACAUGUCAGACUUCGGCUCGGACGAUUCAGAUUGA